UCAUCUUUACAUUUCAAGCAAAAAAAAUUUCUUAUUAUUAUUUAUUAUAAUUUUAUUUAAUCUUUACAAUGGCUGAAGUAGUCAAAAAGUAUGUCACAACAAAUGAGCUCAAAACACAUAACAAACCAGGUGAUGUUUGGAUAUGUAUAAAUGGUAAAGUGUAUGAUGUUUCAAAAUGGAUGAAAACACACCCUGGUGGUGACUUGCCAUUGUUGAAUCUUGCUGGUCAAGAUGUCACUGAUGCAUAUAUUGCUCUGCAUCCACCAUCAGCUUGGCAACAUCUUGAUAAGUUCUUUAACGGCUAUUAUUUAAAAGAUUAUCAAGUUUCUGAGGUGUCAAAAGAUUAUAGAAAACUUCAUUCCGAGUUUACGAAAAUGGGCUUGUUUGAAAACAAAGGACAUGGGGUUAUGAUAUCUUUGGUUUUUAUAGCAAUGCUGUUUUCCAUAUGUGUUUAUGGUGUUCUGUUUAGUGAAAGUUGGUUUGUUCAUUUGAUGUGUGGUGGGCUGAUGGGGUUUCUUUGGAUUCAAAGUGGAUGGCUUGGUCAUGAUUCUGGUCAUUAUCAGAUUAUGAUGGAUAAGAAGUCGAAUCGAGUUGCUCAAAUCUUGACAGGGAAUUGUCUUGCAGGAAUUAGCAUUGGGUGGUGGAAUAGAAACCAUACUGCUCAUCACAUUGCUGUUAAUAGUCUUGACUAUGAUCCUGACCUUCAACAUAUUCCAAUGUUUGCGGUAUCUUCAAAAUUCUUUGAUUCACUUACGUCGAAAUACUAUGAAAGGAAGUUGAAUUUUAAUGCUAUUACUAGGUUUCUUGUUAGUUACCAACAUUUCACAUAUUAUCCUGUUAUGUGUUUUGCUAGGCUUAAUUUAUUCGGGCAGUCUUUUGCAUUGCUUUUAUCGAAUAAAAAGGUUCCCAAUAGAGGGGAAGAAAUUUUUGGCCUUCUAGUGUUUUGGAUAUGGUAUCCUUUGCUAGUUUCUUGCUUGCCGAAUUGGGGUGAACGGGUUAUGUUUGUGUUAGCAAGCUUUACGGUCACUGGGAUUCAACAUGUUCAAUUUACUUUGAACCAUUUUUCGUCUAGUGUGUAUGUUGGUGAGCCAAGUGGGAACGAUUGGUUCGAGAAGCAAACUAAUGGUACACUCAACAUUACUUGUUCUGAAUUCAUGGACUGGUUUCAUGGUGGGCUGCAAUUUCAAAUUGAGCAUCAUUUGUUUCCAAGAUUGCCCAGAUGUAACUUAAGGAAAAUAUCUCCAUUCGUGAAGGAUUUAUGCAAGAAACAUGGUUUGCCUUAUGAUUCGGCAUCUUUUCUAAAGGCCAAUGAGAUGACCGUUGCAACUUUGCGUACUGCAGCACUACAAGCCCGUGACUUGACCAAGCCGGUCCCAAAGAAUCUAGUAUGGGAAGCAGUAAACUCUCAUGGAUAAGGCCAAGAGGGUGGUUGGGUUGGCUAUCAUUUUAAAUGAUUAUGUAAUAUCUUCAUUCGUAUUAUUAAUAUUUCUUUCGUUAGAUUUUA